AUGAAGGGGACACCUGUGGCGUAUCUUUUGGGUAGGCAAGCUGUCGACAGGCUGUGGAGCUUUGACCUGAAAUCGCUGCAGGUCGUGGUUGAAACAGCGCCCAAAGGCGGCUAUGUCGAAAGCGCACAGGCGUGCCAGGAUGCCUGCAAGUCGUCCGACAUCUGCACUAGGUUCAGCUAUGACUCGACUGCGGUCCCAGGUCACACAGGUGGUGCAUGCUGGCUUCUCGAUGGAAACGUCACGGAGGUGGUGAAUCCACUGGCCACAUCUGGGCCGAAGGCGUGUCCCGCAGGGAGCAGCAGCGAACCAGUCAAGGUCAUGGCCAAUGUGGUCAAUUCCGUGCUCGCUCCAACAGUGGACCCCACAAAGGGGGACGUGCCAGCUACGGCACCCGCCGUGGACACCCCAACCGUGGCUCCUGCAAAGGUGGAUGUGCCGACUGUAGCCCCCGUGGACACGCCGACAGUGGCCCCUGUAAAGGUGGAUGUGCCGACUGUGGCCCCCGUGGACACCCCGACAGUGCCCCCUGUAAAGGUGGAUGCGCCCACUUUGGCCCCCGCAGACAGCGCGACAGUGGCCCCUGUAAAGGUGGAUGUGCCGACAGUGGCCCCCGUGGACACCCCGACCGUCGCCCCUAUAAAGGUGGACAUGCCAACUCUGCCUCCCGUGAUCAUCCCAACAGUGGCCCCUGCCAAGGCGGCAACUGCGAAAGCAUCGACAGGGCUAGCUCCUACGAAGGAUGCCUCGGACGAAGACGAGCCCGAAAUCAUUGUCUCUGCGAAGGAGGCCUUUACCAAUAGUGCCGGCGAGCAUGCUGUGGGUGCAGUUCCUGGCAUGGUGGGACAGGUGGCACUGGACCCACUCACAGCUCACAAGAAGAGCCACUUCAGCGACUUGGACGUGACCACGCUGACAGUGCUGAUGUUGCUGGCUGCCGUCUGCGUCGUCGCGAACUGCUACUGCUUCAUGACGCGAGGUCCGAUUGGCAGGAAGCGGCAGGCCAGAAGAGCUGCAGCGGCGGCAGACAUUGAAGAGGCACCCCUUGCGAACCCGAUAGCCACGAGCAGUACUGUGCAGAUGGCCCCAGUAACGUCACAGCAGGUGUACUACUCGGGCCAACCAGUGUACUACCAGACACCAUCGGCAGCGGUGUACACGGUUCCGAGUGCUAUGACCUAUCAGACGGUUCCUCAAGCGGACCAGGCCUCGGUGAGAUUGCUGGCAUCGCCGCGGUAG